CCAAAAAAACCGGAACUUGUGUAGAUUUUAUUGUGGUGUGUUUGACAGCGGUUGGCUGGUUGAGUAGGGUUUGACAGUAGCUUGCUGUUGUAUCGUAUGUCAGUUCGAAUACUCAGAAAGUUACUUUAAGUUUGAUAAAUAGCUUAAGUUACAGUAUUAAAAUUUACUAGACGACAUUUUACUCCUAACCGUCCCUAUGGCCUCUGUUCAGGGUUUGGCGUCUGGGUUCUCUCUGGACCUGGGGCCACUGAAAGAACCUCUCGGAUUUAUUCGUGUCUUAGAAUGGGUCUUUGCUAUCUUUGCAUUUGCCACCACCGGAGGUUACUCUGGAAAAACCAACAUAAAAGUCCCCUGUGAACCACCAUCAAGUUCACAUGAUGUCACAGCUGUGUUCGGCUACCCGUUCAGAUUGGGAGCGCAUCCAUUUGAAAUUACUUAUUGUAACGACAGUCGCAGCACCAUGCACCUCCAGGGUGACUUCUCCUCCUCUGCGGAGUUCUAUGUCUGCAUUGGUGUGUUUGGGUUCCUCUACUGCACCGCUACUCUGAUCCUCUACUUGGGCUACCAGAGUGUCUACCGUCAGACCAGCCGCGGCCCCAUCAUUGACCUGGUGGUGACUGCGCUCUUUGCCUUCCUGUGGCUCGUGUCCUCCUCAGCGUGGGCCAAAGGCCUGACUGAUGUCAAGUGGGCCACCAACCCCGAACACGUAGCAAAGAAAUGUCAAAUAUGUGAAGCAGUAGAGUUUCCAUCCAUGGGUCGCCUGAAUGCUUCAGUGAUUUUUGGCUUUCUCAACUUGAUCCUGUGGGCAGGAAACUGCUGGUUUAUUUACAAGGAGACCCCUUUCCACAAAGACCCCAGCCAAGCAGCCACGAUGGAGGAAGGCGGCGCCCCCGGGCCGUAACCCCCUCCUCAGCAGCCUUAAGCUCCAGCCGGCUCUUACGCUGAAAUGGAAACAAAGGAAGGCCAACUGCCAUUUAUUUUCUGUUCAGCCCCACCACGUAGCUUAAGGUUUUAUUUCUCUCCAAACAGCUCUUGAUGUCAAGUCUUUAAAAACACUAAGUGCAGACCCAAACUUUAAAUGCUUUCACACUGUAUAACCUGGAACUUCCAGUUGGUUCGAUUUGGUUGAAAUAUGCAACUUUAUGGAUUUCAGUGAAGUUGACAAAACCAGACAACCAAUGCUCUAACCUACUGAGACACACUAAAAAGUUUUUGUUUUUGUGUGUGUUUGUUUUUUUUUUUGUUUUUUAGAACAUCAGCUAUAUGUUUUACUCCAGAGUUCUUUUUUUUAUUUCAGCCUAGAAAGCAAAUCUUUCUAAAGUGUCUUUGAAACAAUUUUGUGUUAUUAUUGUUUGUUUUUUGUUGAACUCCAGAUCCAGGGAGUCUGGACUGGUUUCCAUCAGCUCACAGUGGAGGUGAAGCAUCAGGACAAAUUGGGUUUAUUUCCUGUAAUGUAAUGCUGAACCUGAUCAGUAACACUAGGAGUCAUCUUCAUUUGAACCAAAAUGUGCCUUACUGUGAUAUUAUUUAUAUACAGUUCAUGUGAAUUUUUGUCAACACUAAUUGGUUUGCUGCAUUUUUUUUUAAAGUUUCCUUUCUAUUUUCUCUGAAGAAAAAAAGUUCUGUAGGCAGCUUCUCUGACUACUUUUAUUUCCUUCUCCCCCUUUUUUUCUUUUUUUUUAGUCCAGUUUAAAUCCUCGACUAGGUAUAUUUAGUCUAAUUGUCAGAUUUAAAAUUCCAAACAUGUUUGACAGGCAAAGGUCAGUCUCUAAGUGCUGAGGCUAUGAACUGUAAAAUGUUUGUAACCAGACAGGGACAACCAUCGAUGAUGUUUUGGUUUCUGAUUCUUGACAGAAUAAAUUCUUGCAUUGUACCAGGAAUGAAUGUACCUGUGCAGAGGGAAUAUUGGUUGGCAUGUUUUAAACACUACCAAGGGCAGUAUGUCAUACCAAAAAUGAUUGAUUUAAACCCUCAGUAUCAGUUUUAAAGAUUUACUCAGACAUAAUGAUGUAUGUUCGUCUAUUGGAUUAUUGACAAUGAAACGUAAUGUUUUUUUUUGCCUCAUUUGUGCAGAAGGAAGCGCUUGUUUUUCUGUAUUGACACGAUAAAUACGAGAGCUGCACAACUG